AUGUCGCUCCGUGCUGUUUUCACCUCUGGCCUCUUGUACGUUAGCCUGGCUACGGCUCAGCAAACGUAUGCCAAGAAUCAGGUUGCUGUGGUAAACGAUAGUGAGGAAGCCUCAAAGAACUUCCAGGAUGUCGACGAUGUGACGCUUGAGUCGCCUGCUUUCACCGAUCCGAAGAGUAUUCCUGCUGGGUUCAUGAAUGGCACGAGUGGCCCUACAAGUGAUGCUACGCUGGAAUACUUUCUCCAGAGUCUCGCAUCUCGCAAUGACUGGUUAACGUACCAGAGCCCUGCAUUCAAGUCUGACGAAGGACGCUCAAUUCCUUACGUCUACCUCUCUACAUCAACCCAGCCCGAAGUCAAGGCCAAUGCAUCCUCGACAGAGAAGCUGCGAGUCUACCUGCAAGGCGGAGUUCAUGGAAACGAACCUGGCGGCGACCAAGCACUUUUGGCCCUUCUGGGUAAGUUCGAUGCCAACUCUACCUGGACAGCUUCGAUCUUGGAAAAGAUGGACAUCAUGAUCCUACCUCGCUACAACCCCGACGGUGUCGCGUACUUCCAGCGUGUUCUUGCCACUGGAUAUGAUCCCAACAGAGACCACAUCCGAUUUGCCAGCCAACAGACCCGCGAUGUAAAGGCUUUGAUCACUGAUUUCCACCCUCACAUCGCCGUCGACGCCCACGAGUUUGGCGCCACGAGACCUUUCGGAGACAACAAACAGUGGAACCAAGCUGUAGACGGCCAGUUUGAUGCCAUGAAGAACCUCAACAUUCACAAGGAUAUCCGCGAAUACUCCGAGUCAGUCUUUGCGCCCAGAAUUGCCGGCGCCAUGGAAAAGCGCAAACUGCGCUGGAGCCCUUACAUCGUUGGCAGUGCUGCGGAGCCCUUGGUCUUUACUCAGCUCGACACUCAGGCUCGUGCAGGUGAUGUAUCUUUGGCUCUUACCCAGGCUAUGGUAUUCCUCACCGAGACUAGGGGUAUCAUGCUGGGUGGCCAGAACUUCCAGCGUCGUGUGGCCUCGGGAUUAACCAUGAUCGAGGCCAUUAUCCAGACUGCUGCUGACAAGGCUGAAGAGGUGUAUGAAGUGAUCGAGGGAGCCCGUCGCAAGGUUGUUGAGAGUGAUGAGGAUAUUAUUAUCAACGACAGCUACCAGCCCGAGAACCGAACUUGGGAUAUGAUUGAAGUUGAGACCGGAAAGCUGGUCAAGGUCCCCAUCAAGUUUCUCAGUUCCACACCUGUUAAGGCCAAUCUGACACGAAGCCGUCCCGAGGCCUAUGUCUUCCCACAAGCCUGGAAAGAAGCCGCCGACCGUCUCCGUCUUGUCGGUGUCAAGGUCGACCAGCUCCGCUCCGAAUUCAAGGGUGAAGUUGAAGCACUCAAUGUCACCAGCAUUACCGUGGGAUCAACCGUCUACCAUGGAACAGUUCUCAACACUGUUACCACUCAGACUAAGCGCAAGGAAAUCAGCAUGCCUGCGGGUAGCUUUUGGGUUUCUGCCAGACAAGCUGCUGCGGCGUAUGCUUUUGUUGUUCUUGAGCCUGAGAAUAUUGAUUCAUAUGCUACCUUUAACAUUUUGCCUGUCAACGUGGGAGAUGAAUACCCUGUAUACCGUGUUAUGGCCUAG